CAAAUGUUAGACAUCAGCAAGCCAGAAAACCUAGCAACCAACCUACUAGUAGAUCAAAAGAAACUGCACCCAAUUCCUUUGAAAGAUGGCUGACUUUGUUACCAAACAUCAGUCUUGAAUUUAUUGUAGACAAGUGUUCAAACUACAACAUGGCAAACCCUAGAGAUAUCGUACGUUUUACAGCUGCCUCACUGGAAUGCCCACGCCUAUCAAUCUACCUGAAAUGGCAAAAGGACUCACCAUCUGACCUUGACCAAUGUAUUACCACUCUUGUGGAGAGACUAAAACCACAUCCACUUCGCAAGUUACCAAAUCCAGUCAAGAGGGUACCAGCCAUCAUGAUAACUGCAGCUGUUCUAUUAGAAGCUUACUUGACAACAAGCAAACCAGAAGAUGUGCUGCUCACCUUGGAAGAUGUCCCACUUGGGUACUCAGUUGAAUCCAAGUUCUGCUUUUCACAGGCCAAGACCAAAGAGCGCCUUCAUGUUGCUAAACAUGCUUUGACUACAGCUGACCUGAAGUCUCUUAGACCAAAGGAAUAUUUGAAUGAUCAGAUAGUGAAUGCCUUCCUAUGUUUAUCAAGUGAAAGAAAGUAUCAAGCAAGCUUCACAGCAUAGUUAUGUACUACCAAGCUACCUGGCGCUCGGGAAGGUGGUGACUAUGGAUAUUUAAGAUGGAUUCUCUAGAGCAGUAUGAAUUGAUAUUGAUGCCAGUAUGCUACAAAGACCACUGGUUCCUUUUGGUAGCAAGGCCGAGUCACAGAACAGUUGGUGUCCUAGAUUCAAUGCAUAACAUUUCAAGGCAGAAAAGAUUUGUAAACCAUUGGAGGCAAUUUAUGAAAGCCAGACAUCAAAUAGUUACAGGAACACCUACAUCAUGGACAUUGGAACAGUUUGUGUCAUCAAAGCAGGCAGAUGGUGAUUCCUGUGGUGUGUUUGUAAUAAUGAAUGCAUAUGCAAUUCUUCACAAGAAGCCAACAACCAUCAUGAGACAAUGCCAUGUAAAGGGUUACAGGAAAUUUGUCAGUCAUCAACUUUUCACCCACUCUACAACAACACCAUAGACAUGAUAGAAGACAGACAAGACAUUAUCAUGAUCUUCCUUUGUUAUAUUCAAAGACAAUAUUCUUUAUUUACAAUGUGAAAAAAGUAUAUACUAGGUUUUAUAUAAAAGGGAUACACAAUAUCUACGUCUACAUUUAUGUUUUUUAGAGAUAAUAACAAUGAUUAAGUAUUUAUAAAGGUUAACUGAACAAAUUGAAUUAAAACUAAAACUUAUUCAAGAUACCAUUUCUUAUGAGCCAGUCUCUCAUAAAUCAAAUUUAAUGUUUAUCAGAGUUAUUGGAUCCAAAAGGUCAACUUAAAGUUUUAUUUACAAAAAUUAACAUUCUAAAAUCAGUUUCAUAUAGAAGCCAGUAAAAUUUUAGACUUAUUUGUUUUUAAAAUAUAUGUCCAAAAACCAUUGCUAUGGACAUUGACAUUUUAAUUAUCAUAUAUAUAAAUAUGUAUAUAAGUAUGAAAAAGCGAGGAAUAGGUGUGGAAGAGUGGAAUCAUUGAAUGGAAAAUAAUGGUUCUUUAUAAUGUAUAUCACAUGUACUGAAUGCAAAAGGAAAUGAAAGUUUGAAUGAAAGAGAUGAAUCUAUUAUUUAAAACUUCACUGGUUAUUCAUGCACUUAUUAAUGCAAUUAAAAACAAUGAAAACAA